AUGCUGUGCCUCAUGCGUGACAAGCGUGCGGGUGUGGUUGCUUGGUAACCACAGGGAGCAGCUACCGUUCUCCCAACAUCCGCUGAGCCCCGAUGAGUGAGGCGGGUCUCCGGCCCCCUCUGCUGCUCCUCCUGCCACUGGUGGCUGCCACCGCCUCCCUCGCUGGGCGGCACGGCAACGCCUGCCCGGCCCCAUGCCAGUGCCACCGGGGGCUGCUCAACUGCAGCAGGGCCGCCCUGCCCGCCGGGCUCCACCGGCUACUACGGCCUGGGCCCACCGCCCGCAACCAGACCUUCUUCUUCCUAGACUUCAGUGGGAACUCUAUUUCUUCCAUUGAAAAAAGAGUAUGGAAGGGAUACCCUUGGGCUGAGUAUUUAAUUCUCAAGGACAAUGACUUAAGCAAACUGCAGAAAGAUUCACUCGAGGGCUUGCUAUCGCUAAAGCACCUGGAUUUAUCCUGCAACAAAAUUCUGUUUAUUGAGAAACAUGCAUUUGAGCCUCUACCUUUUUUGCAGUAUAUAAACCUUGGCGGUAAUCUCAUUACAGAGCUUCGUUAUGGGACAUUCCAGGCCUGGCAUGGGAUGCAGUUUUUGCAGAAGUUGGUCCUAAGCCAUAAUCCAUUGUCAAUCAUUGCUGACACGUCAUUAUUUGAAUUGCCCUCACUGAAAUAUCUGGACCUAGGUGCCACACAAGUGACUCAAAAGACAUUUCAGACUCUUCUCAUGACAUCACUCCGGUUAGAAACACUAAUACUGCCCAACAACAUGGCUUGCUGCCUCUGCCAGAUGAAAGAGAAUAUUGAAAUUCUGUGUAAGACAAUCAAGUUACACUGUGAACAUUUGUGUGCCACCAACUCCUCCCUGUGCGUUCCUGAAGAACCUUUAGAAAAGAUGCAAGAGGAAUUAAUGAAAGUGUUACAGUCCCGGAAACUGAAUGCCAGCAUCGUGUUAAAUCUUGAGCCUGAGGAACCUUUACUCACCAACAGUGAUACUGAAAUCAUGAUGCUUGCAGAUAGCCAGUAUCACCCUAAGAGUGAUAUGGAUCUUAAUAAGUCAGUAGAUCUUCUUCCUGGAGUAAAUUACCUUUUCUUCAAACACCUGACCAAGAAGGGAGAAAUAAACAACGUAGGACUGACAGUCUUGCCAUUUUUUAAACUGUUUAAUUUUAAUUUACACAAAGGAAAAGUUAUCCCAGGCCUUUUCAAACUUCCUGCUGCUCAGUCCAAUAUGCUGACAUUGACUGACUUUCAGCAUGUGGACUGGGCCAAUGAAAGUGAAUUGAGGAAACUCUAUAUUUUGGCAAACUUGCUAGCAACAGAGCUCCAAGAAAAAUUAUACAAUGCUGAAAAUGGCAAUGGUUCAAACAAUAUCAAAUCUGUGCUCAAGUCAUUCCUGACAACUCCUGCCACGCACAAAAGCCAAGCACACAGAACUGAGUGGCAAAUUCCAGCAAUGCCUGGACAUCUGAGAGAACAUUUGAAAGCCGGAGGGAUUUGUAGGGAACUUGCAGAGCAGUGCGACAAGGUUUUAUCCAGAAACAUGCAUGGAAGGAAGAAAACUCCAGAGAGAACAAAGGAAUGUGUGGAUUAUAUGAUGAAAUGUACAAGGGAAGGGAAGGAAAAACAAUCAAAAAAGAUGAAAAGAGAGACCCUGCAAGCUAAAGAAGAGAGAAGCAAAGGAACAAUUUGCUGUUUUGGCAGAAAAAGAAGAGAAACUAAGAAGGCAUUUAAGAGUCAGAUGCAAAAGCAAAGUGACUUAGAUUUGCACCAUAUGGCACAAAGCAGGAAGAAAGUGACUAGGAGUUUAAAUCCCUCUAGCACAGUUUCUGUCUUCAGACAUCACAAAAUAUCCAUUCCCUCCUCCCGGAGACGUUCCCUUCCACACUUGCCCACACAGGCCUCUCACUUGACUGUCUCAUUUAAGGUUGAAAACAAUUCUGAUGACUUAACAGGUAAAAUCAUUAUUUUCUUGGAACAUGCCAAUAAAACUGGUAGGAAGAAAGAUCUGGACACUCUAAAGGCAAAGCAUGCACCCCUUAGAGAACCUAAAAAAGUUUUUAUUUUCAGAAAACAUGGCCAGAAAGGGAGCCCACAUUUCAAUAGAAAUAAUCAUCUUUUCCAGAAGGCAUUUCAUCGAGUGAAUUCAGAUGUAAGCCACAUGCUAGUGGAAAGAAAACAAAAGCACAGGAUGAAUAGUAAAGAAGGUGUAAUCAAUAGGUUAUCACAUAGAAAGAGUUCUGCUUUGACUGAUGCUGUCUUGGAGAACCCAUCUGAAAACAAUGACUCUUCGCUGGAUGAUAUCUUACCCAGCAUACACCAAGCCAAUGAAACACACUGGAAGCAUCAAAAAGAGAGCUCUGGUUUUCCAUAUGCACUUAGUGGUUCAUCAUCCCCGGAUAAUUACUCUGUUCAAGGAGACCUGUUUGAAGCUGAGCUGAAUAAUCGAUUGCGCUCCCUCAUCCCAAACCAAGCUGUGAGAAACCUUAUCUCCCAUGUGAUCCGAACCCUGAAAAUGGACUGCACUGAGCCCAGGGUGCAGCUGGCCUGUGCAAAGCUCAUCUCCAAGACAGGCCUGCUCAUGAAACUGUUCAGCGAGAGAGAAGAUAUCAAAGAAACCUCCUCUUUGUGGCGAACGUACCUCUGGGAAAACAGGAACGUGCCCAACGAGAGCACCCACCAGAGGAAAGCCAGCAAGAAAGAUUCAGAGGAGUUAUCCCCAGAGCCUCCCCAAUACAGCUACGGCAACAAGCUGCUGCUAGCGAUAUCGGUGACGGUGGUAAUAAUGAUUAUUAUUGCAGUGAUUUGUCUCAUCGAGCAUACAGAAAGAAAAUGCCUGGCAGCUGUUGUUUAUGUCAUUUUUUUCUUCUUAAGCAGAUUUGUUCCCAAAGAUCUGCAGCAUCUUCUCAAUCAACACAUGAUAACAAACCACAGUCAAAAUGGGCCUUUCAGAAACUCUCCCAAGAGAGAAAUAGCAAAAUCUCUUCUGAAGCGAUUCAUCAGCUCCCUGGUGUAUCAGAGUCUUCAAGUAUGGAGAAACCGCUUUGGCUUAGAGACAUGUAUCUCCCACUGGAUUCUAUACGUAAAAAAUCCAUGGCCCAGAAGUUAUAUGACAGAGAGUCCUCGGAUGAGGAAGAAAUUUUCAACAGGGCUGAUGUAAGGUAAAUCAGGGAAUAUUAGCACUGCCUAGAGUUAUCACUGCGUUUCCUCUUGAGCUCCUGCUUUGGGGCCACAUCAUCCCCCACCCAUGCAGGGACUAGGAGGCUCUGGAACUUCCCCUUUGCUAUCUUGCCAUCAGAUCAUCCUUGGAGAUGUCCCAUGAUGCACUGGGAGAAUGCCCAUUUUGGGGCAGCUCCAUAGGGCAAGGGCAGUUGCUUUUGCCCAUCCUCAAAGCCAUAUUGCAGUGCUUCUCUCCACAUGUGAUCCAGAGUCCCCAUGGGCUUGACAAGAGAACACGACACAGAACUGCCAUCUCUUCAGGCCGACCCUUCAUGCUCCUCAGCCCCAUGUGGUGGGACCAGGGGCAUCCCUGAGAUUAGAGAGAAGGGAAGAGCGUAAUGCCGAGCUGCUGCUGCUCCUCCCCUCUGCCCGUGUGAGUGGGGACAGAGCACAGGGGCUUUAGGCCUUUUCAGAGGAUAACCCAUUGUCAUUACAACUGGCUCAUUGCCAUGGCGCUCAGCUUCCAUCUCCGCUUCUCAGUAAACAAAUAAGGGUUUUCAUGGGACUUUCUCUUCUACAAGGAUGAGAACAAGCCACUGAGCUGCUAGAUGUAUAUGAGCAGUUGUUCAGUUACGCCUGCUUUCGGCUGGCUAGGGCGGAGGCCUGUGAGAUCUUUUUUACUCUCAGUGGUGUAUACAACCAGCAAAGCCC